AUGAAUAUUUAAGAAAAAGAAAUCAGCCAUAAAGGAUUGACUUUUGUCCCUUAUCUCGCUAGAGAAAAAAUUGCCCAUGAAGUCAAGAGAGUUGCUUAAGAAAUUUCUUAAGAAUAUAAAGAUAAGAACCCUAUCUUUAUUGGUAUCUUAAACGGAGCUUUCAUUUUCUGCAGUGACUUAAUUCGUAACUUGGAAUUCUUAGAAUGUGAAAUUGAAUUCUGCAAGGUUUCUAGCUAUGAAGGCACUGAAUCCUCUGGAAAUAUUAAGUAAUUAAUAGGUUUAAAAUAAGAUAUUAAGGACAGACACGUAGUUAUUAUUGAAGAUAUUGUUGAUAGUGGUAUUACUAUGUAAGGAUUAAUUAAUUUCCUUAAGGAAAAGAAUCCUGCUAGUGUCAAGCUUUGCACAAUGUUCUUCAAGCCUGCCAAUCUCAAGGUAGAAUUGAAAGUCGAUUAUAUUGGUAUGACUAUUGACCCCGAAUUUAUUGUUGGUUACGGACUUGACUUUGACGAAUGGGGAAGAAACAUUCCUGAUGUUUGGAUCUUAAAGAAAGAGUAAAAAUGA